UUGUAGAGAGCCGCCGGCAGCGUUCUGAUGCUGUUUGUAAACAAUACCGACAGCAAUUCCAAUAUGGCUGAAAGUGCAUUUCAUAUGAUUGUUUCACCUGGUAUAUAUUGAGACGCCUUGGAAUCAACUAUGAACGAAUCAAGAAAUUACGCUUGUGUCAAUCGGUAAAAUUGUUUACAAAACAAGCUAAAUUUUCCUGAAAUUGCUGUUUUUAGUGUAGUGGAAGCAAGCGAUUCCGUCCGUGUUAAUCACGAUCGGAUUGUAUUUCCAACUUGAAGAAAAAUGUUUAAACACAAACCACAAUUGGAAACUGACGAGCAAGAAUGCAAGAAACAGAAAAUCGCCGAUGCGGCGGAACAACAAGAUGCGAACACCAACUGGAGCAUUGAUGCGUACAGAACGCGUUACGAGCCAGAAGAGCACUGGGACUUGAGGCGCACUUUUAUGGAUCGCCAUCAACACUGGAUCCCGGAGGAUGAGCUGGUUUGUCUGGCUCAAGUUUUCGUCAAUGUGGAACUCCUACACUGUCGAUACCCGCUGGAAACGAUGGAACGCAUCAAGGAACUCGCUGGUGAUAUAGCGAAUGGGUAUCGGGCUAUGCGACGAAAUAAACUUCAGCGAACGUUUGUCUCCGCAUCGGAUGCUGCUGCAUCUAAGGUGCAGAAGAAAGGUCCUUUUCAGCCCAGUGAUGGGAGGCAAUUCAAACCGAUUGUACCGAUCCGAACGCUGGAGGAUGUUUACAAUAAUAUAGUGAUCAUGAACAAUGAUUACGAACAAACUCAGAUGGAGUUUGGGCGAUUGGGUUGUGGUCAACUGGAGUUGACGGUAUCGAAAGAAAGCGGAGGAAAAAACAUAGGGGAGAUUCGAUUUAAGCAAUUUUUACUGGCGAAAGCGGUCGCUGCUGAGGACAAACCUGCCAGGAAGGCCGUUAAACGGGAAUUUCUAACACUGAUGAGCGAACAUUGUUAUCAAAUAAUUCGAAAGUCGGUUCUACUGAGCAACGUCAACGUGGAACGAAAAGCCGUCGAUGGCGCAGUUGAUCAUCGAGGUCGAAGCGUUGCGGGCGAUUUCAAAGAGAAGAAGAUCGACGAGAGCAAUUUAGGCUUCAAAUUGCUUCAGAAACUUGGUUGGGCCGGAGGAUCGCUAGGCACGAAAAGCGAGGGAAUUGUCGAUCCUAUUAAUUGCCAGAUCAAAAUUGGCCGGAAGGGUUUGGGAGCGACAGCAGCGUCACAGGAGAAGGAUGGUACUAAAAAGGGAGGCAAAAUUGACACUAACAAGGAGACAUUCGGGAUCGAUGUUAACUUUUAUCGUCAGACAAUGAGGAAUUUCCGCGACAGCGGAAUCCAGUACGAUAUGGUAUUCAGCAACGAGUUCACCAAGGAAGAACGGGCGCUGUUUCAUAGAAUGGCUCAAGAGUUACAGCUGAAGACAAGAAGUUAUGGCAAGGAUGACGAUGGAUCGAGACAGUUUGUUCUGUUAGCUCGAAAACUUCCCGCCCAUGAACUACUGGAGCGUAUCUUGGUCGGAAAAGACCCUAUCUUCUGUGAGAUGUACGAGAUACAUCAUCCUAACAAAAAUAAAAAUGACUCCCAAUCGUAAA